GGUCUUCUUGUAUUGUCUUAAAUCCGAUGGCUAUUUCUCCCAACCUCCAGAUCGGAACCCCAAUCCCCUCCGCCCACCACCACCGUCUUCCCAUGUCCACUCUCUCCCACCCUUUCUUCUUCCUCUACUCUUCCCCUCCACGCUCUCUCCGUUUCCACUCUCCCCCCAAGCGCCCCCGUCUCCCCUCUCUCCGCCCCAGAGCCUCCGUCGAACCCUCUGCCGCUUCAGGUAAAUCAGUCGAGAAUGUGGUGAUCAUAGGUUCCGGUCCUGCUGGAUAUACGGCAGCGAUAUAUGCAGCUCGUGCCAAUUUGAAGCCUGUAGUGUUCGAAGGAUAUCAGGUUGGUGGUGUUCCUGGUGGCCAGUUGAUGACUACCACUGAAGUCGAAAACUUCCCUGGUUUUCCUGAUGGAAUAACUGGUCCAGAUUUGAUGGAUAGGAUGCGACGACAAGCUGAGCGUUGGGGAGCGGAACUGUUCCUAGAGGAUGUGGAACACAUUGAUGUUAAAAGCAAUCCUUUUACAGUACGAAGUAGUGAACGCAAGGUUAAGUGUCAUAGCGUAAUUUUUGCUACCGGAGCUACAGCAAAAAGGCUCAGAUUACCUCGUGAAGAUGAAUUUUGGAGUAGGGGGAUUAGUGCUUGUGCAAUUUGUGAUGGAGCAUCACCAUUGUUUAAAGGACAAGUACUUGCUGUGGUUGGAGGAGGUGAUACAGCUACUGAAGAAGCAAUAUAUUUAACUAAAUAUGCUCGUCAUGUUCACUUGCUUGUUCGUAGGGACCAACUAAGAGCAUCGAGAGCAAUGCAAGAUAGAGUUUACAACAAUCCAAAUAUCACCUUGCACUUCAAUACAGAGGCUGUGGACAUUGUUAGCAAUACGAAAGGUCAAAUGUCAGGCAUAAGAACCAGAAGAAUUGAUACGGGGGAGGAAUCUGUGCUCGAGGCAAAGGGCUUGUUUUAUGGUAUAGGACAUUCACCUAAUAGCCAGCUGUUGCAAGGUCAAGUAAAACUUGAUAGCUCAGGAUAUGUGCUAGUUGAGGAGGGCACUUCUAAAACUUCGGUUGAAGGUGUCUUUGCAGCCGGAGACGUGCAGGAUCAUGAGUGGAGACAGGCUGUAACUGCUGCUGGAUCUGGAUGCGUUGCAGCAUUAUCCGUUGAACGAUACCUUGUUAGAAACGAUCUUCUUGUAGAGUUUCAUCAGCCUCAAACUGAAGAGGUCAAGAAAGAACUGACGGAUAGAGAUGUUCAAGAAGGUUUUGACAUUACACUCACAAAACAUAAGGGCCAGUAUGCUUUGAGAAAGCUGUAUCAUGAGAGCCCGAGGCUUAUAUGUGUAUUAUACACUUCACCAACUUGUGGUCCAUGUCGGACUUUGAAGCCAAUUCUUAGCAAGGUGAUUGAUGAGUUUGAUCAGAGUGUACAUUUUAUCGAAAUUGAUAUCGAGGAAGAUCCGGAGAUUGCCGAAGCUGCCGGAAUUAUGGGUACCCCAUGUGUGCAGUUUUUCAAAAAUAAAGAGAUGCUCAGGACCGUAUCCGGGGUAAAAAUGAAGAGCGAAUACAGAGAUUUCAUUGAAGCAAAUAAAUGAGAGUAUUAUGGUGAUUUCUUGGCUUUCAUCAUUUUGUGAUUCAAUUUUGUUUCCACUGAAAACAUUGUUUUACUAUAAAUGAGAGUAUUCCUAUGCAUUUAACUUUCUUUGGAAGAAAACACUUUUUUGUUACUUUUUGCACAAUCUAUUAAUCCAUAAUUUCCCCCCA